UGCUUUGAGGGCCGUGCUGCAGCCUCAGGGAGGGGCUUCUCCUAGGCUGAUGGUCCUGGGUUAAAGGGACUACCUGUGACAGCAGCACGAGGCAUGCUGGGAAAACCCAAACACCUGGGCGUCCAAAAUGGCCGAAUGGGCCUGGCUGUGUCAGAUGGGGAGUUAAACAGCACAGGGGCUCGAGGCAGUAAUAACAGCGUGGACAGUCUACUAAGCACCCAGAGUGCAUCUUAUUCCUUGGGACAAUCUGUAGCCCACUGGGCUGAGUCCUUUGAAACACUACUGCAGGACCGCCUUGGUGUUGCCUACUUCACUGAAUUCUUGAAGAAGGAGUUUAGUGCUGAGAAUGUAUAUUUUUGGCAAGCCUGCGAACGGUUUCAGCAGAUCCCAGCUAGCAGCACCCAGCAGCUGGCCCAGGAGGCUAGGAGGAUCUAUGAUGAGUUUCUGUCAAGUCAUUCGGUGAGCCCAGUCAAUAUUGACAGACAGGCCUGGAUUGGUGAGGAGAUGUUGGCUACUCCUACCCCUGACAUGUUUCAUGUCCAGCAACUCCAGAUCUUCAACCUGAUGAAAUUUGACAGUUAUGCACGCUUUGUCAAGUCUCCACUGUAUCAGGCAUGUGCAAGGGCUGAAAGCCAAGGGCAGCCUUUGCCAGAACUGAGGCCCCACUCUCGAAGUGGCAGCCCCCCAACUGACCAUGGCAAGAAAACAAAACUAAAAGCAGGAAAAUCACUGCCACUAGGUGUGGAGGAAGCUGGCAACUUGGCCAGCAGGAGCCCUCGAAGAUCCUUUCGGAAAGGAGAUCGGAGGGAACGUCCCUGGGGAGAGGAAAGAAAUGGCAGUGAAGGGCCAUCCCAUUGGCGUGAAUCCCAAGGCUCUUUGAAUUCCUCAGCUAGCUUGGACCUGGGUUUCCUGUCAUCUUAUGCAACCAACAGCUUCCAGACAGAGAACCACAGGAAGAGCCUGACUGGCCCAGAAUCUGACAAUCAGAACCAGACUGUCAAGUACUGUUGUAUUUACUUUCCUGAUGGGACUGCGUCUCUGGCCCCUGUGCGCACUGGCCUCUCCAUCCAGGACAUGCUGGCUGGAAUUUGCCAGCGCCGUGGCCUCCAUCUGCCUGAUGUCAAGAUCUAUCUUGUGGGAAAUGAAAAGAAACCACUAGCACUGAACCAAGACAGCUUAAUCCUGGUGGACCAGGAGGUGAAACUGGAGACUAGGGUCAGCUUUGAGCUGGAAAUCACACCCAUCAAUAAGACAGUGCGCAUUGUGGCAAAAUCUACUAAGCAUCUGCGGGAGGCACUGCAGCCCACCUUGGAGAAGUACGGCCUGGAUCUUACACGGGUGCUACUCCGGCGGCCUGGUGAACUCCAUCUCCUGAAUAUGGAAGAGAAAGUUACCACUGUGGCUUCUCAGAAGCUUGUGCUAGAGUCAGAUACAGAGGUGAAACCUGUUGGUGUGGGAAAUGCUGCAGCAAGCCCUCCUCGUGAGCUGAGUGAGGAUGAUAGUUCUGUAGAGACAGAGUCUGAGGCUGAGUCAUUUGGUGAGGUGUCCUGUUCCUUCACCAGGCCCCCCAGGAGUAAACAGAAUCGGCGCACGUAUGACUUAGAAGGGCUAGUGGAGCUGCUGAACCGGGCACAGAGCUGCAGAGUCAAUGACCAGCGUGGCCUCCUAUCCAAAAAGGAUCUAGUACUACCUGACUUCCUUCAGUUGCCAGAACAAGAUGGUGUCUCCUGCAAGACCGACUCCUCAUCCAUCCCAGCCUCUGAGAAAAAGUACACAUCUGAGGCCUCCAAUGCUGAGGCAGUCACCAUCUCUCAGUGCCAGCCCCAAGAGCAGUCAGAACCCCUGGCUUCUCCUUCAAAGCUGCAAGCAGAUUGUUCAUCACCACCAGGUGCUGCUGGGAAACCUUCAGCCAUGUGAUCUGCUCCCAUGACUCCUCCACACUCCUCAUCCCAGCCCCCUCCAAGAUAUCUUUGUUGUUGUUAUGUGCCUUCAAGUCAAUUACGACUUGUGGCGACCCUAUGAAUCAGCAACCUCCAGAAGCAUCUGUCAUGAACCACCCUGUUCAGAUUUUGUUCAGGUACAAAUUCCUUGCAGUGAGGUCGGCCUCACAGAGACUCCUCCCCUUGUAUAGGAAUAUGGUUUCAGGCCCAGCUAGGGCCCACACACAGCUCUAGGGACACCCCCCCCCCAGCCUGUCUUCCAGGAACAGAAAUGUGUUCUCCUAAUGUUGUGGCUGCCUCUCAUCCCUGGAACUGCCCAUGCCAGCUGGGCAGAAAAAUGCCAGUGUUGCUCAGUUGCUGUACCAGACUGUUGUACGGUGUUGCCCUGUGUUGUAGAACAACUGUCCAUUGCUACUCCAGCGACAGCUACAGCUCUGUGGCUAGUGGUGACGAUGCCUGUAUAUAAUUUGUAAUUUUAAGUCUUUGUAAAA